ACUAACUAUUACAGCUUUGAAAACUUUUAACAACCAACCACUUGCCACUAUAAAAUUUCUUGUUUCAACUCACACUUAACAGUGAGUUUACUUCAAUGACAACUCCCUAUAAUAUUGCAGUAAUAAUCAAGAACCCUUCAAAUGAAGAUGAAUUUCUACUUGUUAAACAAACCCCACCUCCCAAAUUCAAUGAUCCUGAAUAUGAUUCUUUUUUAGAUUCACCUUUAUGGGAUUUACCUUCUUCACCAUUGUCACUUCUUGAUUCUCCUUCAGAUAAUAAUCAGAUUUUCAUACAAGUCCCUGAUUCUUGCUCAAAUGAGGUUGAUUUAAGUAAAUUUGAUCUUAAUUCUGCUCUUCAUAAGGUUCUAAAGCAAGUGGAAUCAGAGGAUACCACAGUUGAGUGGAAAUUCCUGAAGUACGUACAAGAACCUGAAUUUGGACCAGGAUUGCCAGUAAAGACGGUCUACAUCAUUGGAACUUUGGGUCCUCAAAAUGGAAAAUUCAAGGAUGUUGAGUUCUGCAAGUGGAUGAGCAUUGAAAGAUGCACUAGUAUGCUUGUUGAAGUGAAGCCUUGCAGUGACCGUAUAGGAUCAUUGGUGGUUGUUGGUCUUCUGAAUGAUUCAAAGAAAUCUGGGACUUGGAAAAUUCCACCCACCUUGCAAUUUCAGGAGUACCCUCCUGGUGUUAAAGUUAUACGUAUGGAAAGUAGAACAGCUAAGCCUUUUCGUACAACAAACUUAAUUGUUUUCCUGCCUGGAGGCGAUGCUAGUGGGCGUGAUGAUAGUUUUAUCGCUCGUGGGGAAGCACUCAUAGUAGACCCGGGAUGCAAGUCUGCUUCGUAUGAACAGCUCAAGGAAAUCAUUGCUGUUUUGCCGAGAAAGCUAGUCGUCUUUGUGACACAUCAUCAUAAUGAUCAUGUUGAUGGUCUUUCAGUAGUCCAGAAGUACAGUCCUGAUGCUUGUCUUUUGGCUCAUGAAAAUACGAUUCGUCGAAUUAGAAAAGAUGAUUGGUCUCUCCCAUAUGUUUCAGUUUCUGGAUCUGAGGAAAUUUGCAUUGGCAAUCAGAGAUUGAGAAUUAUCUCAGCACGGGGACAUACAGAUGGACAUAUGGCGCUGCUUCAUGUUAGUACAAACUCAUUGAUUGUAGGGGAUCAUUGUGUGGGCCAAGGAAGUGCUCUUUUAGAUAUGGCAUCUGGUGGAAAUAUGAAGGAUUACUUUCAGACAACAUACAAAUUCAUUGAGCUCUCUCCUCAUGCUUUGAUUCCCAUGCACGGAAGAACUAAUAUGUGGCCAAAACAUAUGCUCAGUGGGUAUCUCAAAAACCGUAGACACAGAGAAUCCACCAUCUUAAAGGCCAUAGAAACUGGCGCCAAAACAUUGUAUGACAUAGUUGCUUACACUUAUGCCGAUGUUGACCGAAGCCUUUGGUUUUAUGCCUCAUCAAACGUGAGACUCCACGUGGAACAUCUAGCACUGCAGGACAAGUUACCAAAUAUUUUUUCAAUCCAAAAGUUUCAAGCAACUUGUGGGCUGCGUUUCCUUUUUAGGUGGAUAUUGGAAUACUCAAGUAGUGCAUUCUCAAUAAAGCAUCACACGGUGAAAGUGGCUUUAUUAGUCGGUACGGGGGCCAUGGCCAUCGGUUUCUUCGCUUUAUCAUUCUCCACAAAGAGACACUUUUCACAAAGAGACAAACUUUUCUUUAGGUGAUGCAAACAAUUCUUGCUCCAGAAGGCAGAAUUCUGCUGGCUACUCGAGGUCAUCUUCUCUUUCAUUGUACCAGAAGCUCUUGGAGAAGGGUGAAGAUGUUUAAAUUGCCGUUUUUUGUAGUAAAAUACUCAUCGAUAGUGUUGUGUGCAUAUCUCGCCAUAGUUGCUCAGCAUCUCUGAUGUUUCUUUGUGGUUAAAAAAUGACACUGAUCAAUUAGAAUUGUAAGACUAGAUUAAUGUUUAUUGAUCACAGAACAUCUGAGACAGUUGAUAUAGAAAUCAUCCUUUGUUUUAGCA